GCAGAAGCGUGGUGUGUGACGUCACACAUGGAGAAGUACAAAGACAACGAGAAACAUUAGCUUUAAAACAGCACUUUUAACUAAAUGUAGAGCUGACUUCAAGUUCCCACCUUACAUAAUAAUAUAACAUAUUUGGCGAACGUUUGUGAAAUCAAUCAUGUAAAACGCGGUAAAUUAUCUUCUCCGUUGGUAGUUGUACAAUUGCAAAACAACUGCUAGCUAGCAUUGUCGUUGUGUUUCUUUCAUCUUUCAUCAACGCUGGAUUGCAGAGACAGAGAAAUCAAGAUGUAUCCAUGAGAGUUGAGAUUUAGACCAAUACAUUUCAUCACCAUAAACACGUUUCCAGACAUGCAGGAAUAACCUCAGAACUUAUUCUUAUCAUCUGAAAUCUGCGCGACACGUAAUUGUACAGAUGGAGCUUAUUAAAGAAGAGAGAAUGGACAUGAGUGAUCCAAACCCUUACACAGUGAAAAAUGAAGAAACAGAGCUACAAAUAGACCUGCUGGAAGUGAAAGAGGAAAGUCAAGAACUGACAUUGAAGGAGGAGAAAGUUCAGUAUGAGGAACCUCAUUUCAAAACCGAAGAAAAAACUUUGAAUGGCUCAGAGACGGAGAAUGUAUCACAAAAAAGACAUAGAAGAACUGGAGCCCAUGUUUUUUUCACCUGCCUUCAGUGUAAAGAGAGUUUCACAUCUAAAGAACAACUUAUGGGACAUUUUUGGGUUCACUCUGGAGAGAAGCCUUUACAAUGCAAUCAGUGUGAAAAGAGUUUCGUUCAGAAAGAAAGCCUUAAGAAUCACAUGAGAGUUCACACUGGAGAGAAGCCUUUCCAAUGCGAACAGUGUGGAAAGAGUUUCCGUUAUAAAGUAAGCCUUAAGAAUCACAUGAGUGUUCACACUGGAGGGAAGCCUUUCCAAUGUGAUCAGUGUGGAAAGAGUUUCGUUCAAAAAUCAGGCCUUAAGAUUCACACGAGUGUUCACUCUGUAGAGAAGCCUUACAAAUGUGAUCAGUGUGGAAAGAGUUACUUGCAUAAAGAAAACCUUAAUGAGCACAUUAGAAUUCAUACUGGAGAGAGGCCUUUCACGUGCCCUCAGUGUGGAAAGAGUUUCACAAUGAGAGCAAGCUUUCAGAAUCACAUGAGACUUCACACUGGAGAGAAGCCUUUCACAUGCGUUCAAUGUGGAAAGCAUUUUGCACAUAAGGGAAACCUUGAGGCUCACACAAGGAUUCACACUGGAGAGAAGCCUUUCACAUGCCUUCAAUGCGGAAAGGAUUUCAUACAUAAGGGAAACCUUGAGGUUCACACAAGAAUUCACACAGGAGUGAAGCCUUACACAUGCCCUCAGUGUGGGAAGAGUUUCACAUAUCGAGCAAACCUUGUAAGUCAUAUGAAGAUGCAUUCAGGAGAGAAAAUACACAAUUGUUCCAAGUGUGGCAAGAGUUUCACUGAGGGAAGUCUCCAAACUCAACUGAAAAGGCAUGCAAAUGAGAGGCCACAUGUGUGUUCUUAUUGUGGCGACUUAUUGUAGCACCAGAAAAUAUUGUACAUGCCGUGAGAAACCUCAUGUGUGCUUUGAGUGUGGGAAAGCCUUUACUAGAGUCACAUACUUGGAAAAACCUUACAAGUUCUCACAUUGUGGAAUGAGUUUUAUGGUUUUAGAAUUCCUCAAAGCACAUGAGAGAGUGCAUACUGGAGAGAAGCCGUACUCCCGCCCUUUAUGCGGAAAGAGUUUUGGCGAAUUAAGUACUCUUCUAUCUCAUAAAAAAGCAUUGUCCAAAGUUGCCAAAUUGUCGAAAUGACAAAAUUGGUGCAGUUUUUUACGUUAAAGAGUAGCAAUAGUAUUAAUUUUAUGUAAUAGAAUUUUUCAAACAAUGCCUGUAUUGUUGUAUCUCCAUCCAUAUCCUUAACAAGUUAAUCAUAACAUUACUCAUAGCUGAUGAAAGGUGAUGCAUGGAGAAAUGAACAAAAUGAGCUACAAUGAGAUCAAGACAAUAUAUAUAUAUAUAUAUAUAUAUAUAUGGUGUUGAAAGCUGAAAGCCAAAAAUAACAAUUCUGUCUUCAUUUACCCAUUCCAAACCCAAAAAUUUUGUGUAAUAUUCAGAGUUCUCCUUUAAUUAACGUGGCUGAGGCUGUCAAGCUCCAAAAGUGACAAAAAAGCAACAUAAAGGUAGUCCAUAUUUUUUGCACAUUAUUCACUUGUUUAUAGUCAAAAACAUGGGAAAAAACAGCCAGAGCUGAACAAAUAUUAAAAAGUAUAUUAUGUUACUGACCUUGAGUAAUCAUAACAUAAUACGUUACUAAUACAAUUUUACAGUAUUUAUUCGGAAUAUAUUUUAAAACUAACCCUCCCAACCCCUACAUGUAGGGUGUUUCUCAAUCAGAAGGCUGCAGCCUAGUUAGGCUAAAUAUUUUGGCUGCCACGUCAUCAAGCAUUGUCGAAGGUCGUCUCAAUUGUGAGGACCCUUGGAAGGCAGCCUCGUUUCGAAGUGCAUCCUUUACUGCCUUCAAUCACCCACAAUCCCUUUAACAUGAACACUUACUGGACUGUCUCAUUCUAAUGCUGAAUGCUGAGAAAGGACUGGUCUAGGAAGGACACACCCAACUAGGCUGCAGCCUUCUGACUGAGAAGCACCCUUUGUGUGCUAUUCCAAGUGAUCUGAAGCAAAAGCUUUUUGUUAGAAUAGACAAUAGAAAUAGAGCCCAUCAGCCUCAAAGUUCGAUGUGUUGUGCAUUCUGAGAUGCUGUUCUGCUCACUUCAAUUGUACUGAGGGGUUAUCUGAGUUACCGUAGCCUUCCUGUCAGCUCGAACCAGUCUGGCCAUUCUCUGUUGACCUCUCUCAUCAACAAGGCGUUUCCGUCCACAGAACUGCCGCUCACUGGUGUUUUUGUUUUUGGCACCAUUCUGAGAAAAUUCUAGAGACUGUUGUGUGUGAAAAUCCCAGGAGAUCAGCAGUUACAGAAAUACUCAAACCAGCCCAUCUGACACCAACAAUCAUUCCACUGUCCAAAUGACCGAGAUCACA